AUGUCUUCCCAGAACAAAGACAACAACGCCCAACAACCCGGCCUCAUCGCCGGCCACGCUGAGUACAUCAAGGGCGCCGCUGAGGCCGCAAUUGGCAGCGUCACUGGCUCGCACGCCUGGACCUCGUCUGGAGAACAGGAUAAGGCGCAUGCCGCGUCGACGAUGAAGGCUGCUGGCGAGCAGCGUGAUGCAUCAACGCAGGGGUACGGCAAGGCGGAGGAGAUUGCUGGCAAGGCGUUUGGGUGUGAGGGGAUGAAGACGGAGGGGGCUGCUAGCAAGAAGGAGUAA